AACAAAACGGAAAGUUAACACCAUUCACUAUGUAUCACCUGAGGGUGCCUGGGCUCGUCCUCAUGCUGCUUGUGUUGCUGCGCUGUGUCACCACUGCCCCAAGCCACAGGUACUUCAGUCCCAGCUCAUCCAGCGAGCAGGAAAGUGCUCUCCCAUACGGUGAAGGCUGGUUAGCACCGGGGCUAAUGUCUAACCCAUUCCUCGACUUCAUGGGUGCGAGGCUACGAAGGGGGCUCACAGCUAUGAACAGCCACCGCAUAGAGAAGAGGAAGUGCAACACAGCCACCUGCGUUACCCAGAGGCUAGCAGACUUCUUGGUGCGCUCCAGUAACACCAUCGGUACCGUCUACGCCCCGACCAACGUGGGAUCUGCCACUUACGGCAAGAGGGACCUACUGCAGCCGCCCAGCUAUCUGCCUCUCUAGUAACAAAUGUGGACUCCUCACACUAGCACUCCCAGUGCUCUGGUGAUAUAACCAGUCAUCUUAUGUAACAACGGCUGUGAGAAUGGUGUUAAGGAUGAAAAUGAUGGUAAUGAUUAUGAGCAUCACCAUGUUCUUGUUUAUUUUAUACUUUAAGAAACAGUGCCUUUAAUUUGACAGAUCAAAGUUAAUGUCAGUUCUUUGCGUUGUGGCUCUGUUAUUUAUGUGUGUUAUCCCACUAUGGCAUGAUGUGAAUAUAAAAGUAGUAAUAAAACAAUAAAUAAAAUGAAACAGAUG